CUCGUGGUAGUUUAUUAUAUGGUACAGAAUUAUUUUAAGUGAAUAUCUGCAAUAUUUUUAUGUAAAACCGAAAGGAAAGAAGUAUGGUGUCAGUGAUGCAACCAUUCAUGGAUGUUGAGAGCUCGAGAAGUUACAUCGAUGAACUAUACUCGCUGGAUCCUCAAAAAUGCUUAGAAGCUAUUAUAUGUCUAAAAAAUUCUGUAAUUGGGAGUAAUAGACAAAAAGGAUCUGUAAUAGCACAAGGAGUAGUACCUCGUUUGUUACAACUUCUUGGAGAUUCAUCAGACAGAAUUGGAGACAAUAUUAGGCUUGAGGCUGCAGUGACUUUAGGUUCUUUAGCUAAAGGAACAGAUCAGCAUGUACUGGCACUUAUAGAUCUUGGUGUAGUGCCAUUGCUUUUUCAGGUUAUAUUAUCUACACCUGUCACAGAAACUCCUUUAGAAGGAAAACCAAAAGUAACAGAUUUAUUAAAUGAAGCAUGUUUGCGUUGUUUGAGAACAGUAUUUCAACAUUCAGCAGCCCCAGUUCAUUCGAUAUAUCAGGAUCCUGCAUUGGUACCAAGAUUAGUAUCAUUAGCAAAUCAAUCUGUUACUUGUCAAAUUUGUGUAGCAACAAUUUUAACAACAGCAUGUAAGACAACAGAAGAGCAAAAUGCUUUAUCUAAAGGAGGUGCAGUAGAAACAUUAGCAAUGCAGUUGGAUUCUCCAUUACCUGAUGUGCAGUUAUCAGCUUUAGCAUGCUUGGCAAAUAUGUGUCAUAAGAAUUAUAGGGUAUGUGUUAUGGUUGCAUCAGCAACUACCAGUAAUACACCACAGGGUAGGCUUGUACCUGUAGCAUUAGGACAGUUAAUGGGCCGUGAGAAAAGUUCGUUGAUUCAACUUGAAGCUGCAAGAUGUGUUACAUAUAUGCAUAGAACUGGAGUUUUACUAUACAAAGAUUCAAGGAUUAUAUAUCGUGCUUUACCUUGUUUGGUGCGUCUUUGUCAUCAAGAUCAUCCACCUCGUGAAAGAGUAGCCGCAGCUGAAACUUUGGCUUUUCUUACUGAAGUUAAUACAGAAUUGCAACGUUUAGCUUCCAUUAGUAAUCAUUUAAUUCCUACGCUAGCAGAGUUAUUACGACCUCAUCCACAUGUACAAGAUGCAACAUUAACGCAAGAUAUGCGACAAGCUGCUUUCAGGGCAAUUGCGUCUCUUAGUGCUAAUGAUGAAGAUAUUAGAAAACGUAUUAUUGAAACAGAAAGUCUUAUGGAGCAGGUGGUAGCAGGCCUUCAAGAUCCGGGUGGUUCGCAUGUACGUUUAGCAGCAGUUAGGUGCCUACAUUCUCUUUCCCGAAGUGUUCAACAACUCCGAACAACUUUUCAAGAUCAUGCUGUUUGGAGACCACUUAUGCAAUUGUUACAUGGAGCAGAUAAAGGAUUGGAAGGUAGAGGUGAAAGUGAAGUUGAUUUAUUAACUGUUGCCUCGAGUACUUUAUGUAACUUAUUAUUGGAAUUUAGUCCAAGUAAAGAACCGAUUCUUGAAUCCGGAGGAAUAGAGUUAUUAUGCUCACUUACAAAGCGGUGUACACCGGCAUUGCGAUUAAACGGAAUCUGGGCUUUGAUGAACGUGGCUUUUCAAGCCGAACAACAAGUAAAAUUGCAAAUUCUACAAUGUUUGGGAACCGAUCAGAUCUUUUGUCUUCUGGCAGAUAAAAAUAUACCGGUUCUAAUGAAGACAUUAGGUUUAUUACGAAACUUGCUCUCUACAAAAGCUCAUAUAGAUCGUAUAAUGGGAGAACACGCUGCACACGUUAUGCAAGCUGUUAUAUUAGUUUUAGAAGAUCCAAGACAUCCGGCAGAUGUAAAGGAGCAAGCUCUCUGUAUUUUAGCAAAUGUAGCUGAUGGGAAUCGAGCAAAGGAUCAUAUUAUGGCUAAUGAGGAUGUGCUUAAGAAACUUAUGGAUUAUAUGAUGCAUAGUAAUGUAAAGCUACAAGUUGCCGCAGUUUUUUGUGUGUGCAACUUAGUUUGGAGGGAGGAGCCUGGUGCUGCACAACGACAAACACGUUUAAAAGAACUAGGCUUUUAUCGUAUUUUACAACAAUUACGUCAUAGCAAGGAUCUUCAAUUAUUUGAUAGGGUCAGAACUGCUAUGGCACAAUUCUAUGAUGCUUAAAUUUCAAAUGUGUUAUUGAUGAAAGUUAGGUUUUGAUUUAGAGUUCUUUUAUAUGUGAAAUAUAAUUAUAUUUUGGUGUUACACUGUGAUUCUAUAUUUUGUUAAUGCAUAAGCAUUUUAUAUUUAUAUAGAAAACAUACAAAAACAAUA